AUGGCAGAUUCUAAGAGCCUCGAAUAUACUUUCCGGGUGGCCUACCUACAGCUGAUGCUGGAGCGACGAUCUCAAUCAUCUGCUACGAAAGCGCCUGAUCUAUCAGUGGCAGACUCCUCUGCGAGCUCGUCUCGGAAAUCACAAGAUGGAUCCUUUCUCCCAUCUUUCGAUCUAGGGUCGUUUCUGGGUCGAGAUCAAACCAAAUCGCCAAAAUACCCCGAGAAACUCUUGAAGGUUCUCGAUGGGAUCUUGCAAAGAAUAGCCAUGGGGCAAGAACCCAAGUAUCUGGAUCAGCGGUUCCGGCGCAUUGUAGCCCGGUUUUGGUCUUCAAUAUGGCCGGACAAGGUUUUCCAGCGUCAAAUGAAAGAAUCACGAAAAAUCGAGGAUCUGAUCCUCGCUUUCGUUACUACCUCGACAAAAGCUUUGCAAAAGGAAGAGGAAUUAGCCGACGGAUCCUGGAAAUUUGAACUCAGUUCUCAGAUCUCUCUAUUUCUCGCGGUUCUAUCUGACUGUUUGGCUAUGGUCGGCCCUGUCUCAACCGAGCUGUCGUCUAGACUGGAAUCAUACCGCAUUCGCAUUGUCGGUCAUGACAAGCCUCCCAGCAAAAGAAGAAGCUCGGAAGGUGUGCGCAGGGACAAAAGUGAUUUCGGUACUGCUAGAAGUAGCGGGCAAGGACCGGAUGUAUCGAUUAAGGGGAUUGCAGUGGAGACGGUCGCAGAGCUGUACGGGCUGAACCGUGCUGACAUAGAAGAGAAAUGUACAGCUAUUGCAGACAUGUGUAGUGAACAAGCAGCAUUGGACGAUCUGAAGAAAUGCCUGAAACUCUUGAAUUCAGACUCGCCGUAUCCUUACUGCCCAGGAGACUUUUCAGCACCUGAACAUUGGGAUGGGUGGCGCUCAAGUGAAGUAUCGACUCUCUCACAGAUGAUGCUCGCCAUGAUGCAGAGCAAUCCAUCUCUCGCCCAGUCUUCGGAUCGACAUUCAACCCACGAUCUUUCAUCGAAUCUCGAAACGUUGCAAUUCGAUUCAGGUGAUCCCGCCUUCACGUACAUACCUGUCGAUUCCAGGGCAACGUACCACGAUUUGCUGGACCGCUGCCUCGAUGCGGAUCUUGAAAUUCUAAAAACACUUCCUGAAGAUGAAGACGUGUCUCUCGGAAUACUCUCGCAAAAUCAUGUUUCCCUACUUCAAGAAUGCGCUAUUAGAUGGAGAUUGCCGAUAUCCUUUCGGACUUCUUCUUUUUUCCGCGCGAUUGUUGAGCGUUAUCAGCGGGGGGAUGUGCCAUCAGCUUGUGUUCGUGAGGCGAUGGCGAUGGCUCAAAAGGCUGAAGGCGAAUUGCCUGUGAAAACUUGGGCUAAAUCAGAUGCGCUCCUCAUGACCCUGUCGUACCCCAAAGGUUACCAUUCCGAAGAAUUCAAUGAGGCGGUCGAUGACUGGUUAGCGCUUGAAGUUGCUCGAGAGAAGGAAGGAAUGUUUGCAGAAAUGUCCGCGACGCUGGAAGAAAGUAUCCGAAGUCAAGCCUUCAGUACCUAUAUAGCCCAAGCUUCGGAGAAACUAGGUGUUGAAGGAUCUAAAAAUUGCCAAUUUGCGAUGCAACUUGCUGCAUGGAUAGAAAAGGAGGCCAAGAGGCUGGACAGAAAAUUCGGUAGUCCCAUUACCAGCGAGAUUGAUAUAGUUCCCCUUGUCCUCAACCAGCAUUUAACGUUAUGGUUUCGUGAUCUUGAAGACACCGUGUAUAUACUGCACUCUACUGCCAUAUUAGAUCAUAUCGAAGAUGCUUUCAUUCUCUACCGUAAAGCGUUGAAACUAAGUGAAAUGGGAGACGCGUUUUUAAAGUCUCGGGGACAGCAUCUACGUUCCGUCUUGGUACCUCUAUUCACUGAUGUUGUUCAGUCGUGGCUGGAUCAGACUGCAUCAAAAACGAAGGAAUGGUCUGACCAAGCGUUGGCGGUCGACACGUUUGCAACCGCUAUUCCCAAUGGCCCUUCGUCUUCCGUGACCGAUCUAUUCGAUUCGUUCCGGAGUGCCGUUCAAUUUCUGAUGGAUCUCAAAUGGCCAGACAAUCAGCAGUUAGCAGCAUUUGCUACGCGUCUAGCGAAAAUCAUCGGCCUUUCCAUCAAAGAUUACUGCGGCAAGAUGGAGCAGCUAUUUGCUGAUGACAUGCGCCAACACGAAACAACACAAAUGACAGCCAAGCAGAAAGCGUGGCUUGAAAAAGCUAAAGCAACUCUUGCCUCCCUCCAAGGUGAACGGAAGAUACAGGCUUUUUUCAACUUCACGUCCCAAUCUUGUGUAAAACUCAAUAACAUAGAAGCAGCUCGUCAACAGCUCGAUAAGCUGUACGAUGUUAUGCGAGUAGACGAAUUGUCUGCAUAUGAUGUUUCGGAAAUGAGUGCAAUUCCGAAUCAACAGACUUAUCUUUUCACUGUGAAGAUCGUACUUGCCGAAGGCUUAGCCAUCGAUGGCAGCACCAAAUCUCCCGACAGUUUCGUGAUUAUGAGUGAUGAACACGGGUCUCGCUACGCAAAGACAAGGACGAUAUAUGAUGAUUCUGAUCCUCGAUGGGAUGAAAGCUUUGAUAUCCCUGUAAAAGGCAGUGCUUGGUUCAUGGCCACUCUACGGCAUCGCAACCUCACCGGUAAACACGACCUUUUAGGUAGAGCUUACCUACGGCUCGAUCCUUCUCAACACGUCGACUUGAUAUCAAAGGACGUCCUGCUACCGCUGGACACAAGAGGACAUAUCCUCAUGAGGAUGACACCUGUACUGCGACAUACACUCUCUCGAGUCUCCAUUAGGCUGGUACUGAAACCAAAUGCCAGUAAUCCGUUGGAUUAUAACGAAGCUCUUGGCAAAUUGUCAGCUGCCUACCGAUCUGCUAUAGGUACCUCGGAGUAUACCAUUCCGCCAACGAAAGAAGAUCGACACCGUGGUCCGACUGAUGCAGAAAUCGAAGCGGCAAUCCAUCCACUAUUUGAUUAUCUAGACACCAACAACCACACUUUAGCAUCAACAUUAUCCCACGAUGCAAUGCAGAUGGUGAUGGCCAAGCUUUGGAAGCAAAUAUUAAUGACAAUCGAAGCCCUCAUCGUUCCCCCGCUAUCUGACAAGCCUUCACACUUGAGAGCGUUAACUGAUGGAGAACUUGAUAUUGCUCUGAAAUGGCUUAAAUUCCUUCGGGAUUUCUUCUAUGUUGGCGGUGACGAAAGCGGUGUGCCCCUCAGUGUUCUUCAGAAUGCUAAGUUCAACGAGAUCUUGUCGGUCCGGAUAUACUAUGACUGGAAUACGGACGAUUUGAUGGAGGAGUGCAUCCGUGGAUUCCAAUCAACUCUUAAGUACCGAUCCACCAGGCCGGGUAAGUCGCUGUUGUCCCAACGCAAUUUAGGAACUAUACGUGCCAGGAAGACCGCGAAAAGAGCCGUUCCCUACUCUAGUGGCAAUACGGAAAUGAUCAUGCGGAUCUUGCGGAUGAGACAAGGUACGCAGGAGUUUCUAGCACAGCAGCUUCAGACCAUAUCUGUGGUCAAGUUAGACAACCCAAAGAAAGGUAGAAGCAUCAAUUCCCGGCCACCGCUUUGA